ACAAUGCACCCCGGCGCUGGAGGGUGCCCUCUCUUCCCUUAGCCCUCCUCCCCCGCCCUCUUCGCAGGCGACCUUCCCCGCGGGCGGGCAUGCGCACUCGAGAGCGUCUGGCAGGCUGCCGUGUCUCAAAGCACAUGCGCACAACUCAACCCGCUGAAGGAAAGAAUUGCGCAUGCGGUGUAGUCUCCCGGGACUGGAGAGCAUAACCCCGGGUUACUCUGGUAGGUGUACGGUGUGUGGGGUUCUGCAGGUCCAGGGCAAGCUAGAACGUUAGUUCAUUGCUGCGUCUUCCCUACUUGCUUAAAAGUUGUCACGGUUCUUGCGUCCAUUGCGUGAGUCGUCGUAGAUUCUUAAAGGCAACAAAUUCGGGGCGACCCUAGCGACUGCUUUGAGACUUCACUCACGGGUUGGACACAAAUAUGGGUUGUAGACGAUUUAAUUACCAGUUUUGCCUUUCGGUUAUUCUGUGACCCGGUUGGUGCUAGAUUACCUGCCGCCCACCUCGACUAGACUAAGGGUAAAAGCUCAGAAAAGCAGUAACUUCCCUGGUGGCUUCCAGAGGGACAGGAAUAUUGAAAUGAUUAGGCCAGCAGCACCCUAGAGACUUUUACCUCAGGCUUCUCACAGUCGUGGCCUGAUAAGUCGUUCCUGUAUGGGUUUGUGCCAAAAUGAGUGGCCGCUAUUUAGAACAAAGAAUUAGUAUCAAAUCCGUAAAAUCGAACAAGUCUGCAAGUAAGACCCACCACCAUCUUUUGAAAGAAGCGUAAGGGGAUGAAGUGAUGACGAGGGCAUCAAUUUUUGACUGGCACGGAAGGUUUAAAGAAGGGUGUGAAGAUGUCCGAGAUAAUGCAGGAAGUAGCCGUCCAGUCACCCACAGGACGGAUGCAAAUAUCCAGAAGGUCGAGGUUUGUGUAAACAAGCAGUUAACGAUGAGAAGGAUGGCUGAAGAAUUAAAUUUAGAGAAAGAAGCCAUUAGAUUCGUUCUGAAAGAAGGCCUGAACAUGAGAAAAAUGUCUAUCAAAGUUAUAGCAAGUAUUUAUAAGGAUCAGCUUAAACUUGGGAAAUUUGAAUGCCCAUCUGGUCAUUCAAAGGAAAUUAGGAACUCUAGCUUAUAGGUGAGAGAAAAGAUAACAAGAUCUGAGAUGUGGAGUCAUCUGCAGCAAAAAGCUGGUGGGGAAAUGUCUCUGCCUGUGUAGAAUCCCAGAAGUCACUCCCCUGCCAGCCAGCUUCUGCAGGGACCAUCCUCAGCAAGCAUCCCCACCAAGGCUGCUCAGGAUUGUCUCACAUCCUGAUGAAAUGAGCCUGAGGGAUCGAGAGCAUUGCCAGGAAGCUGUCUUCAGCUGCUUUUCAUCUGUCUGUGCUCCACCUUCACACUUGGCAGUGUGAGUGUCUGCUCCUGCGAUUGUGCUGCCCUGUGCAUCAUGCUGCUCAGAGGAUCAUGCCAGUGAGAAGCUGUAACAUUGAAAACGCUUUGGAGACCUCAAGAUGCCAGAGCUUCGGGCUAUCUGCUGAGGAAAGCUGCUAACAGGGAGUGGAAUCAGCCCAGGAGAAAGAAGUUUGUUGAUGAAAAGGGAGU